AGGCGUGCAGGGAAAAAGAAGAACAAAGAGAUAAGAGAAGAAGAAUUUUUCCCACAUAAGGCGGAAUAAAGUUAAAAAGCAGAAAGGUCACUGGCAGAAAGAAGGGAACCAAGAAAUAACUGCCCUCGAGGGUGGAAGAAGUCUUUUCAAAUACGACUCCAGGGCUCGACGAUGGGAGACCGACUGCACCUUCCAGCAGCUGCCGGCACCUUGCUCCUCGUGGCCUUCGGCAUUUUGACCCUUCUGCCCCACAGCCUUCUGGGUAAGCCGGCGGAGGAGGAAAAUGCAGGAAGCUCGGCGCUGCUGCAGAGGGUGAAGCGAGGCUGGGUGUGGAAUCAGUUCUUCGUCCUGGAGGAGUACACCGGACUGGAACCUCUUUACAUCGGAAAGCUCCACUCAGACAUGGAUAAAGGCGACGGCUCCAUUAAGUACAUCCUGACGGGGGAAGGCGCCGGCACCACCUUCACCAUCGACGACAGCACGGGCGACAUCCACGCCAUCCAGAGGCUGGACCGCGAGGUCAAGGCCCAGUACGUCCUCCGAGCACAGGCCCGAAACCGGCUGACGGACCGGCCUCUGGAGCCCGAGUCCGAGUUCAUCGUCAAGAUCCAGGACAUCAACGACAACGAGCCGAAGUUCCUGGACGGCCCCUACCAGGCGAGUGUUCCAGAAAUGUCCAAAAUAGGAACAUCUGUGAUCCAGCUGACCGCCACAGAUGCCGACGAUCCCACGUAUGGAAACAGCGCUCGGGUGGUUUACAGCAUCCUGGAUGGGCAGCCUUACUUCUCGGUGGACGCCAAGACCG